AGGGGGCGUUGCUGUACUAUAUUUCAGGCAGGCAUCUCAGUGUUAAAACAGGUACGACCGAGUCAUGUUCUCACAAAUAAUCACACUAAUAUUUUUCGGCAUACUUUAUCCCUCGUAUUCGCAAGAUUGCGUAAUGUUGCCUUCGAAAGAAGAUGCAUGGGAUAAAAAACUGCACACGGAUAAAAUGGCAAAUUAUCGAGUCAGGCAACCGCCGAGAAACCAGUCUUGUAUACUGGUCAAAGUGUUUUUCCGACUUAAGACAUUCGGUUUUGACGAAUAUGAAGCGAAAUUCACAGCAAAAAUAUGGACUCGAAUGAUUUGGAGAGAUGAACGCCUGACUUGGUCGCCUGAAGAGUACGGAGGAGUCAGCAAGAUGGUCGUGCUCCCAACUGAUAUUUGGACGCCAUCAUUAAAGCUGGUGAACAGCGUCGAUCCGGACUACUAUUCGAUGGAUAUAGAAGAAUGCCGCGUUAACAAUAAUGGCGAAGUUAUGUGUGUCCCGGAAAUAAUUUACGAAUCAUUCUGCUUUGCUAAAUUAGGAGAUUGGCCGUUCGAUGUUCAGAAUUGUACUCUCCAGUUUGCAGAUGGUGAUAGACUUUCUUCUUCCCGAUUUCGCUUUAAAGGAAGAGCUAUGGCCCUUGACGAUGCAGAAUAUGGCAAUGGCUGGAACAUUAUGCUGAUGGAUCCGAAGGAAGACCCGGAUUCGGACAUACAGUUGUCGAUUACUUUAACAUUGGAAAGACAGGCGUCCGGUUUAGUAGCUGUAUUGGUUGGCCCUUGUUUCAUUCUCAGUAUACUGACCACAACACCUAUUUUAAUGAACGUAAAUGAUUAUAUCCGCUUGGGAUUUUCUUGUUUUAGUCUCAUAAGUCAUUUUACAUUCUUGUUCUUUAUUGACGAGUUUCUACAGCACAGUGGCGAUACCCCUGGUAUAUUAUUCUUCGUCCGUGAUUCAAUAAUCUUGACAAUAACUUCUGUGUUUUUUACGUUUGUUUUAAGCAAAAUUGCAAAUAGAAAAAAUGUGCCAUUUGAAUGGGUGUCUUUAGUAUCAAAUAAAGUGUUUUUUAGCUUUGGUCAAUACUUGAUUUUACCAAGAUGGAGAGUGGAGCCUGAUUAUAAAGAUACUAAAGUGAAAAAUAAAGAGAUUUGGGCAAAUACGGCAAAUAUUUUAAACAGUGUUUAUUUGGUUGUAGUUAUUAUUGUUUAUGUAAUUUUGUUUAAAACUUACAUGCCUAAACAACCACCAGUUCAAUACUGACUGUAAAAUAAGGAAUAAA